AUGAAAAACACUUAUAAAACAGUAUUUGUAGGUAGCUCUAGUGUAGGAAAAACAACUAUUAUGGCACAAUAUCUAUAUCAAAAAAUAGAAGAUUCAUUUGGUCCUACAAUUGGGCUUGAUUUUGUUAGCACAACAAUAAAUAUUCUUGGGAAGCAAGUAAGGCUACAGUUGUGGGACACAGCAGGACAAGAGAGAUUUAAUUCUCUUAUUCCUAAUUACACUAGAAAUAGUUUUAUAACAAUAAUUGUGUAUGAUUUAUCAAAUGAAGAUUCAUUUGACAGAAUUGACUAUUGGAUAAAUAACUUGGUGAAAAUUAAUGAUCCAGAAAAUAAAAUUAAAAUUUUAAUUGUUGCAAAUAAAAAAGAUUUGGUAGAUAAAACACGCCUAGAUGAACUUCGGAAAAAAGGUAAGAAAAAGGCGAAAAAAUACAAUGCAAUUUUUGUUGAAACUUGUGCAUUGAAUUAUGAGGAUAUUUCUGAUUUAGUAAAAGCUAUACAUGAACUUAUAGAAGAAGAUAUUAGAAAUAAUCCAGAAGAGGAAGAUAUUUAUAAAGAAAUAAUAAAUUUAGAUGAUAGGCGAGAUUCAAAUUGUUGUGGAGGUAUUUGGUAA